UUCUCGAAACUACAUACCUGUAUGUAUUUGGAUUCUCUCUUUUUGACUGCUAGUUCCCCCUCUUUAAUUUCCCGAUCAAAAACCUCUCCCCGUCCGACAGAUUCCGCCAUAAUCGGCGGCAUUGCAGUGCUGUCUUUGUCCCAAGCUUCAUUGAAAAAUCUCCAACAGUGAAAGGCAUGGCAUUAUGGCUUUCUAUCAAUUUCAACUUCUGUUGGAUUUUACGAAACUGAGUAUAGGUAAUGAUACCAAGACGAUUGGCUUAUGAUGGACCUAGUUCUCUUCAGCUCUGGGAAAAGGCACCUUUUGAGCCUUAUGCAAUACCCAAACAUAUGUCAUAUUACGUUGUCUGUCCAGACAUCAAUGCUCUAACAACAGCUGCAACUGAUUUUUUCCAACAGCUUGGAACUGUUUAUGAGAUGUGCAAACUGGGAACUCAUUCACCUCAAUGUAUGGGAAAUGAGAUGGAGAUAGAUUCUGGGAAGAAUGUAUCUUCUGUUUUUGUUCUGAUUGAUUGCCCUCAGUCAAUGAAGAUAGACAGCAGUAGUGCAUCUAUGCUGGGAUCAAUCAGUGAUUAUUUCCUAUCCCUUUCCAAUGGCUGGGAUUUAGAAAGCUAUUUGAAAUCUCUCUCAAAAGUUCUCAGGAAUUUAAAGCUUGGUUCAUGCAUGACCAUGAAUCCAGAAGAAGGAAGUACUGGUCCAUGUACAGUGAUAUACGUGGUUUGCCCUUUCGCUGAGCCUCUUGCGGUCCUACAGACGGUGAUUGAAUCUUCUAUUGCUGCUGGAUCAGUAAUUCUUUCUUCAGACAAAGAGAGGCGAUCUACACUGCAGAAUCAAGUCGGGAAGGCCUUAAGUUACUCAGCAGCAGUGGAUGAGUCACUCCCAAAUGUUUUAACACUUUCAGGGUUUUGUAUUCCUAAGUUGGUACUGCAGAUUGUCACUGUUGAUGCAAUUUUUAGGAUUACAAAUCCUGCUGUCAGUGGGCUUGUCAUCCUAAAGGAAAUUGCUUUCACAGUUUAUUACAAAGCCCGCAGGAUAUCUCGAGGGUCCUCCAGAGACAUGGUUCAGUCAUCAUCCAUGUCUGGUAGAUCUCAUCCGGUCCUGAUGCAAAUGACUUCCCCAGUUCCAGGGAUGUGGAAGGACUGUGUUGGUCCUCGAAGCAUAGGAACUUCCCUUCAGAGAGAGGCUGAACUUGAUGCUAGCCUAAGGUCUGGUAGUUGGGACAACUGGCAAACAUCAAGAGGGGGAGGUCUCGGAUGUGAUCCAAACAGAAUGGAGGAUUUUUCUUUUCAAGAUGAAGUUCGUUAUUUGUUUGAGCCCCUUUACAUUCUCGCUGAACCAGGUUCAUUGGAUCGUGGACUUUCAUUUCCUAUGUCUUGUAAUCCAAUGGCUGAAUCUUCAAAGCUUUUGUUAGAUGAUUGUACAGGUGAAAAUUUUAUGCAGAGUUCAGCUUCUUCAGGUGGCGGAGACACUGGAACAAACAAUCAGUCUGAAACAUCUGAACCAGAUGGCUUUGGAUCUGCACAUCAAAAGUCACUUCCAAGCCUGCAUUGUUGUUAUGGAUGGACUGAUGAUUGGCGCUGGCUGGUGUGUAUAUGGACAGAUUCCAGGGGAGAGUUGCUUGAUAAUUAUAUAUAUCCAUUUGGAGGAAUAAGUAGUAGGCAGGAUACGAAAGGCCUGCAAUCUUUGUUUGUGCAAAUUCUGUGACAAGGAUGCCAGAUACUUCAGGCAUGUCCUCCUGAGGCUGCCAUUGCCAAGCCUAGGGAUUUUGUCAUUGCACGUAUUGGAAGCUUCUUUGAGCUUGAAUGCCAGGAAUGGCAGAAAGCCCUGUAUGCAGUUGGGGGAUCUGAGGUGAAGAAAUGGUCUCUGCAGCUAAGACGAUCUGUGCCUGAUGGAAUGUCGGCAAGUAGUAAUGGGACAUCCUUGCAGCAACAGGAAAUAGGUCUGAUUCAGGAAAAAGCACUUCCUUCCUCCCCUAGUCCAUUGUACAGUCCUCACUCAAAGGCUUCCUCUUUCAUGAAAGGUGGCUUGGAGCAACCAUCCACAAGGAAGCAGUUAAUUGGUGGACAGGGUAUGGUGGACAACUCGAGGGGUUUACUUCAAUGGGUGCAAAGCAUUAGUUUUGUCUCUGUUUCAAUUGAUCAUUCCUUACAGCUUAUGUUGCAAGCAGAUUUAAUGAGUCACGGUAGGUGUCGUCUUUUCCCUUCUUUUUGUUUCUUUGAUUCCCUUUUUAUCUGAUUGAUUUGACUCUCCUUGCCUUUCUUCUGGAAUCUCUUAUACUAUCUACCAAUGAACUGUAAAGGAGAUGUUAUUUCUGAAAACUUAACCAAUCAGAGAUAAAAUGAACUAGGGGCCACUUGUAAGCAUAAUGUUCUUUGCAGAUAACACUCCAAGGGAAUUGCUUCUCUAGUUGGAGG